AAUGCAAUGACGUAUACUAGUGAGUGACGUAUUUAUGGGAUAAUUUCCAAGGUAUUUUAUUUACAAAAAUAUGUCAUCAAUGGGAAAUCACUCACCGCAAAUAAAACCAACAUUAUAAAUUUGGAAAAUAUUUGCUGUUAUUUACGUAAUAGGUGUUUUACUUUCCCGGUAGAGUGAUCGUCUGUCGUCUAGUCUGAAGUUUAUAAAUCAAAAUGCCACCAGCAGAAGAAGUUCGUAAAAGGACCUCAGAUGAUUACAUUUUUGGGAAAGUUGUGGGAGAAGGCAGUUUCAGCACUGUCUAUUUAGCUAAAGACAUACACACACAUAAAGAACAUGCCAUUAAAGUUCUGGAGAAGUCACAUAUUAUUAGGGAAAGAAAAACUGAACAUGUGAUGAGAGAAAAGGAAGUACUGAGAAUUGUAGGAAAUGCCUGUCCAUAUAUUGUGAGACUGUAUUGGACCUUUCAAGAUCUUGAACGUCUAUAUUUUGUUCUAAGUUAUGCAAAAAAUGGUGACUUAUUCACACAGAUUGAAAAACAUGACCAACUAAGUAUUGAAUGCACCAGAUAUUAUUUGGCAGAACUUACUUUAGGAUUAGAAUAUCUACAUAGUAAAAAUAUUAUUCAUAGAGAUUUAAAGCCCGAGAAUAUUUUAUUUGAUGAAAAUUGGCAUAUAGUAAUAACAGACUUUGGCAGUUCUAAGAUUCUCGAUGACACGGGUGGUGAUGAUUUAGUUAAGAAUGUUGAUUCAGGAAGAAGAAGGAAAAGUUUUGAAGGAACAGCUCAGUUUAUUAGCCCUGAAAUGCUAGGAGAAUAUACCUCUGGUUGUUCUUCUGAUCUGUGGGCACUGGGUUGUAUAGCAUACCAGAUGGCUUGUGGAGAUAUGCCAUUUACAGGACAUAGUGAAUUUCUCAUAUUUCAAAAAAUCCUUAAGUUGGAUUAUUCUUUUCCUGAAGAUUUCCCCGAAGUAGUUAAAGAUUUUGUAGAACAAUUAGUAAUUUUAGAGCCUAAUAAAAGACUUGGCGCCAGCGACGAAAAGCGAUAUUCUAGUAUAAGGCAACAUAAGUUAUUCAGUGUGCUCAACUGGGAUGAUCUGGGACCUCCUCCGAAAAUAUCGGACGAUAUGGGCGAUGAAGUAACUCCAGAAAUUCCUGUUCAUCUGGAGCCUGGACUGGACGAAGAAAAAGUUUCAAGACUUCACCUGGACUUGCUAAGUCCAAACGACAUAGUUUUAAGAAAGAAAUCCCCGCCAAAUAGAAAAAUUACCGACCUAACUGAAGCGGAAAGUCGUGAAAGACUAGAAGCUCAAAAGAGCAAUAUAUAUCAUAGUUUUGUAGAAGAUAACUUAAUAUUAAAACAGGGUUUUAUCGACAAGAAGAAAGGGUUAUUUGCCAGACGAAGAAUGUUUUUGCUCACUUUAGGGCCUCAUCUGUAUUACGUAGAUCCUACAACUAUGACCCUCAAAGGGGAAAUACCGUGGAGCAGGGAUCUUAAUGCAGAAGCAAAAAAUUUCAAGAUAUUUUUUGUUCAUACCCCUAAUAGAAAAUACUACUUAGAAGAUCCAGAUGGCUACGCUUUAGAAUGGUGCAAAGCAAUCAAUGACCUGAAAAGUUACUAUUAUCCAGAGGAAUCUUUACUUAAUAAUGUAACCCUUUAAUGAACGGAUAUUGAAGAACUAAUAUGUUAAAUUCUUAUUCAUGCAAAAGAUCACCCAGACGUGAGAUUUCAUGUACACCGUUUGGGCACCAAAAAAAACGGACCUGCGCUUGAAGGAGUGCCACGACGGCCACUUUGAAUAUUUCGAUGUGAAAAUUUUUUUACACAUACUUGAAUAUAUAGUAAAGAUGACGGUUUAAUUUAAUUUAAUGUAUGAGUCAUAUUUUGUUAGAAAAAAAAAUCCGGAAAAUCGGCCUGUUUUUUCCCUUGUCACAGUAGACUUCCCCCUUAAUACAAAAAUGCCUGUCACAUUUCGGAGACAUAAUAGUUAUUAACAAAUAUGAGUCAAAAAUGGCAGAUUUUUCGUUUAAAUUGCUACAGGUAAAAAUAGGUUAAUUAAAUAUAUUAUCUAGCUAGAGUAUUCAUCUUUUCGUAGAUGGACAAAGGUUUAAAAUGGAAGUUUUUCAAUUUUUAUCCGAUCAUUUGUUGCUUCGGAAAUUGCAAAAUAAGGCUAAAAUUUCGAAAAUCAAAAAUUUGCUAUAACUUAUGCAAAAAUGAACUUGGGACGUUGAUAUUGCAUGAAAAGUUGAGUCAAGUAGUCUUCAUAAUGCACAAAAAAAUUCAAGACGAUUUGUCAAUUAGUUUAAAUUUUAUUCAAUUUGUUUAUCCCACAGAGCUUUUUGCCAAUAUUAUUGCUCAGAAAAUAAUGAUACAGCGAUUCUGUAGGACUGCAUGAAAGAAGAAGACUUGUUUUCACUAUAUUUUAAAAAAACUCAUUUUCAUAAUCAAACACAGUAGCUGCGAAUUAAAUAAAUAAAAAAAUAUGAAAAAAAAAUUUUUAAGAAACGCUUUUCUUUAGUUACGAGUGACUAAAAUUAAAAAUAUUAUAAAAAAAUCAACUAAAAAGCCAAAAAUAAAAAAAAAAUUGAAAAACUCUAACACAUCCGUCAAAGAAAAGCGUGGAGCGUGUUCAUCGAAUAAGCGGUUUUCGCCCCACGUUUUUCUUUAACGAAUGUGUUAGAUUUUUUCAAUUUUUUUUUUAUUUUUGGCUUUUUAGUUGAUUUUUUUUAUAUUUUUAAUUUUAGUCACUCGUAACUAAGAAAAGCGUUUCUUAAAAUUUUUUUUCAUAUUUUUUUACUUUUUAGUCUUACACUUUUCAAACAAUAAAAUAUAUCGUCAUGUUUCUUAAAAUAUGUAUAAAACAUAUGAUGUACUAAUAUGAAAAGUAGUUGGAAUCGGCAAAAAAUUUGAAACUUUAUUGUUUAUUAAUGAAGCAUAACGUAAACAAUUAACGUAAAAAGUGAAGUUAUGUCUUGUUCAUAUCAUUAGCUAUACAAUCCGUAAAAGUUUCAAGUUUUUACAUUGUAAAAAACAAGAGAAUUUAAGCGUUUUCCAUUAAAAUUGUUUUUUUUUUUAUUUAAGCAAUUAAUAAACAUGAAAUUUUUUUUAUUGACUGUUCGUGUAUCGUUCCCACGAAUGCAUAUGUCUUAAAAUUUUCAUUCAUUUGCAUUGAAGAAAAGGCAGUCAAAUUAACGUCUAAAGAUUUGACGCAAACUAUUGAACUAAAUAAAAGCGUUUAAAAAGUGGCUUGACCCUAAUUGACCUAGGCGAUUUUUUUUGAAAAUUCGUGUAAAAAUACCAGCUUUUCAACUAUCAACGUGGAAUUAGUCUACGUCUACAGUCAAUAUUAACAAGAUUAUUUAAAUUAUUUAUUCACAAAAAAUUACUCUAUUUUAUUAAAAUGUUUUUGCAAUACUAAAAAUGACAUUUCUUGUUUUUUUUUUAAUAUUUUGAAAACAUUAGUCUUCUUCUUUCAUGUGGUAUCCUCACAAUUGCUGUAUCAAUAUUAUUUUCUGAGCAAAAAAAAUGCUCUAUCUAUGGAAUAAACAAAUUGAAUAAAAUUUAAAUUAAUUGACAAAUCGUCUUCAAAUUUUUUGUGCAUUAUGAAGACUACUUGACUCAACUUUCAUGCAAUGUCAAAGCCCCAAGUUUAUUUUUGCAAAAGUUAAAGUAAAUCUUUGAUUUUCGAAAUUUUAACAUUAUUUUGCAAUUUCCGAAGCAACAAAUGAUCGGAUAAAAAUUGAAAAACUUCCAUUUUAAACCUUUGUCCAUCUACUAAAAGAUGAAUACUCUAGAUAAUAUAUUCAAUUACCCUAUUUUUACCUGUAGCGAUUUAAACGAAAAUCUGCCAUUUUUGACCCUUAUUUGUUAAUAACUAUUAUGUCUCCGAAAUGUGACGGGCAUUUUUGUAUUAAUAAUGUAUUAGGUAUGUAGUACCCAAAAACCCGAUUUGUAACCUGGCUGGAUCAGUGUCUCGAACAUGGUAUAUUUUCCUCUUAUUUUCCUGGAGUAAGUUGUUACAUUUUGAUGACGAGUAUCCUGCGGUAGUUUAAUAAAUGUGUUUAAAAGAAAAAGAUUGUAAUAUCAUAAAGGUACUUAUAUACUGCUGGCCAGUUUGUAAUUACCUAUAACACGCUGUUAAAAAAAUCAAGUUUAUAUAUAUUUUCAUCCUUAGAAAUGUGUUCUGAUUUACGAUCAAUACUUUCAGAGUACCCUGUAUAUUAUGUAUAUAUUAAUAUUUAAUACAGAAUGUUCCAAAACUGCGUAUAGUAAAAUAAUUAUUUUAGUUAUAACAGAGAUUAAGCAGCUUGACAAAAAUGUCUUUCAAUUCUUCAAUCAAUCUGUGAAAACUCCACAUCAAUGUAGAGAAACGUUCAGAGCUUAUGACUCAACCUUGUUCUUAGUUUGCUAAUACGUGCACGGUGUCCAUAAAUUCAGUUAACAUAGGAAAACUGCUACUCCUUUUGUCCACUUUACAUCUUCUUUAUGUACCUAUAAUACGAUGUCAUCUUUAAAAGUUUUUAAAUUAAAAUAAAAUGAAAAUAUAUUUAAAAACAAUGUAAUCCCUUCACAAAGAAAUAGCUGUAUAGAAGGUAGAGUGAAACAGAAAAAACAAUAGAAACAGAAGAAAUGGUAUACCUACUGAAUUCGCUCAGCUGACACACCACUGUCUAGUGACGUUGGUUAUUUCUUUUUUGGGAAGUUAGGUUGCUAGGCGUGACUGGAAAUUACUACACAACCAAACAUACCUGCUCGUAACCAAUAUUAUUAAUAGUAAACAGACAUAAAUAACAUAAACCUUACGCCAAUUAAUAAUUAUUUACUUGCAGCAUCCAUUUGACUUGCAAAUUGUAGAAGUCUUGGAGGUGUCACCAGGAAAGUGUACCAAUAAGUUUUCAAUUUAAAAAUCUUUUAGUAAUAUUUUUAAUAUUUUCAAUAUUAAUAAUUUACUAUUAGGAUUGAAAACUACUUCGUCUUUCAAUGCCAGAUGGCGCUAGCCACCUACUAUCAUCACUUCAGUUGCAAUGGGUGGGAAAACCUCUCGAUGCGAAUCAGUUAAAAUAUGGAGAACAGUGCCUACGUUCCUUCCGAUGAAGGCUCCAAUAAGAGCCGAAAAUCGCGAUUCAAGGGACUGGACUGCACUCCGUAUUCUAAUUGAAAAGUAAGAUUGUUUUGCCUUCGCAUUGCAACUGAAUAAAAAUGGUAUACAUUUUUAUUUUUAUUUAAUAAUUAUUUAUUUACACCUGUUCCGUGGGUGUUCGGGAACGAUUAAAAGUGUAAAAACAACAACUUGUCAAUAAUAUAUUUAUUUGUGUCGGUAAAAUAGCGUGAAUAUUUCUCGAAAGAGGGUUUGUUAUUCUUUGCUAGUAUGGUGGUGUGUCCGCGCCGGGUGGUUGCUGUGACUAUACUGAAAAAACCACAAACGCUAAUAUGUUUGUGUUUCUACCAUCUGGCCAGAAAGGCGAUAAAUUAUUUAGAUCUGGCGUUUAAAAGUUGAAACAUUUCUGCCGUUUUAAGAAACGUCUUCGAAUGCAUUUCCAAAGUGAGUUAUUGACAUAAGGUCUGAUAAAGUAAUUAAUUUAUGGGGAAUUCAGUUUGUUAAACUGAACACACCAAAAACAUCUGGUUAGGGAUACAUUUCGUUUCGUAAAACUUAACGGGCCCUUCUUAGUAUCGGUUUGUAUAUUAAAUGUGAAUUUUAUAUGACCCAUAUUAUUUCGUUUUGAGAAAAGAAAGUUAAUAUUUAAAAUUAGCAAUUAAAAAAUAAUAAAUGAAGCGUGUCGCUAUACAUCAUUAUAAUGUAUUGAUAAUAAACGAGAAAAUUAUUUAUUGUUCAAAAUAAAAAUAUUUUGUAGAAAUAAUUUCCACAAAAUUUUAUGGGUUUAGUAUACACUCCCACUGUUUCCAAUAAUUCUUUUUUUAAUGAAAGAUUAAGUUGAUUUGAGCAGUUAAUAGUGUGAGUCAGGAAUUUUUGUGCUGUAUGUUUCCUAUUCCGAAUGUGUCAAAAUGAAUCUCGGCCGAGCGAAUUCAGUAUACAAAGAUUUCUUAAGAAUAUCCUCCUCGGACUUGGUGUACACUUUUUGUUCAAUAUUGGACUCUAAAUAUGAUUCAAGGAUAUUUACCUCAUCGUUUUAUAUACAGGGUGAUUCUUUGGGACAGAAACUUGACAUAAUUAAUAUCUGAAGAUUUUGGGAAUCAGUUUGUUGACCAUGCUCUUUUUUCCUUAGAAGCCUACGAGCAACUUCCCUACUACUUUUCAAGACUCUACAUCAUUUGACCUUCGUUCGACUAAAUAAAGGAUGACGCAAAAACAUAUUAAAAGACGUCGAAACUUUGAAAGCUGAAUAAUCUCCAGCCUAAACUUUGAAAGUAGAGGAGCGCCUUGUCAACAGAAAAAAAUUGUAGAAGUACGAGGUGUGGCAAUUAAAUAAUCGAACUGGUUCUACAAAGUAUUUUCAUUACCAAGUAUAUUACAAAGUUAAUACCCUUCAAUAAACUCUCCUUGUCUCCCCCUGCAACGCUCCGUACCAAUUUCCACCGUUAAAAGCAAUGCUCCAAGUCCGCUUCCAUAUUGCCAAAUCUUUGCUUAAGAUCCGAUUUAUUUUGGAAAUAAAAAAGUCAAUGAAGUCAGGUCAGGUGAAUAUGGUGGUCGGUCCAAUCAUUCUCAAUUACUUUUGGUCUGAAGUGAGAGAAGUUUGGACACUAUUGUUGGGCAUACUUUGUUUUCAAUAAUUCAUUCAAAAUCUGACAUACCCUAUUUGUUGUUAAUCUCUGAAAUUUCAGCAAGAACUUGGCCAUACCUGCGAUCAGUUUUGUGGACCAAUUUACCAAUUUUUUGGGUGUUGUCAAGAUCCAUACUUAUGUCUAUAUUUUUAUAAUUCCUGUCCGGAACCAGAGUACCAGUACCGUAGUUAUAAAAGUUGAGUGCAUGUGGUUAAUUCUAGUUGUUAUUUAUUGAUCAGCAAAUCAGUGGGUCUAAAAAUAAUGAUACCGUAUGAUUUGAAGUUAAUUUAUUAUUGUAUCUUCUUUUGUGUUAAUAUACUAAUAAAUCCUUGUUUCUAACCAUACGCCAAAUGCUGUGAGCAAGUACGAUCAUGCGUUCGUUCAAUCUUCUCAAGUAACGGUUUAUCUUAUCAGUAAUGAAUAAUAAUGGCUCUCUUACAUUGCUGGUAUGGUGGUUGGGGUUGUUUAUCCCCGAGAGGGGGUUGAUUUGUAAAACACUAUUUAUCAAACAUGUAUUUAUUUGCCAACACUAAAUAUACCAGUAACGAGUUGGUGGGCAAAGUCUAUAUUCUAACUACUUGAUGUCUAAAUAAUGAAUGAUGGAUAAAGAAUGAUCUCUGCAAUACUUUCUCCGUAUCUAUAAAUAAACUCGUAAUUGUUUUGUUAUGAUUUUGUAUGUUUGUUAUGAUUACAUAAUAUCAAAAUCGCUGAUCGAGGUGUUCUCGAACCGAUUGGCCUACAUUGUGAAAUAAAUGUCACCCAGUUAUUUUACUAUAAACAAUAAUGUUUGUUAUAAGACCUUUAAAAAUUAAAUCGAUAUGAAUUGCUCUUAUUUUUUAAUGCUAAUAUAAAUCCUGUACACUGGUCCUACUAAACAGCUUACAAAUUCUGUAUGGGAAAAACUCUUUCAUAGCAGCUAAAAAGAAAUAACUUACCCUAAUCUUCUUCUUUAAGUACCGUGCCCAAAUUUUAGGCGUGGGUAGCUUCCAUGACAAUUUGCCGCUAUCGUUCUCGAUCUUGCGCGGCAUGUAAUAGUUGAUCUGCUGAUAAGCCAGUCCAUUAACGAAGGUUUCGGAGCCAUGAAUAUUUCUUCCUACCAACUCCCCUUUUUCCGUCGAUCUUUCCGUUGAGUAUUAACUGUAGCAUCCUGUAUCUGCUACCUCUCAUUAUAUGCCCGAGAUAUUCAAGUUUUCUCCUUUUUAUCAUCUUGAUUAAGUCACCUUCGCCUUGACCUACUCUGUUUAAGACUUCUCUGUUUGAAAUGCGUUGAACCCAAGAUAUUCUGAGCAUUCUACGAUAUGACCACAUCUCGAAGGCUUCUAAUUUGUUCAUCAUGUUAACCUUCAUGAUCCAGGUUUUACAUCCAUAUAGUAAUACAGGAUACAAAUAACAUUUUAGGAACUUGAUUCUUAGUUGUAAAUUCAGCUGAGAGUUGCUCAGAAUAGAUCUAACUUUCAUAAAUGCUCCUCUUGCAAUUUCUAUAUGAGUUUUAAUUUCUUCAUCCGGAUUUAGUGUCUCGUUUAUCCAACAUCCUAGGUAUUUAAAAUAGCUAACUUUUGUUAUCGGUUCAUUACUGAAAAUUAGUUGCAUAGGGCCGACGUAUUGUUUGCUAUCCAGAAGUAACUUUGCCUUUGUUGUAUUUAUGCCAAGUCCGUUAUUGGAGCAUUCUCUAGUGACUUAAUCUAUAAGGAAUUGAAGAUCUUCGAUACUUUCAGCCAUAAUCGCGGUGACAUCUGCAUAUCUGAUGUUGUUAAUAGUUUUUUUUUCCCGAUUCGAACUCCACAUUGCCCUUCCAAGGCUUCGUUAAAAAUUAUUUCUGAGUAUACGUUAAAUAAAGUUGGGUAUAACACACAACCCUGUCUGACACCUCUUUGAAUGCAAAUUGUGUCUGUCUCUUUGCCAUCUACCAGAAUAGAAGCUUCUUGAUUCCAAUAUAGAUGUUGUAAAAUUCUCAGAUCUUUAUCAUCUAUUCCAAUCAUUUCUAGAUAUUCAAACAGCCUAUCAUGUUUAACCCUAUCAAACGCCUUCUCAAAAUCUAUAAAGCAGACGUAUAUUGAUUUCUGUACUUCCCAUGACCGUUGAAGUAAUGUUAGCAUUAAGAACAAAGCUGCUCUUCCCUCUGAAACCGAAUUGUUGGUUUCCCAUUGUCUCUUCACAUUUCUGCUUGAUUCUAUUAAGAAUUAUCUUAAGAAGUAGCUUGAGAGAGUGGCUCAUGAGAUUAAUUAGUCUAAAGUCUUACGCUAAUAAAGAUGACAAACAGACUGAAAUAUGAUGUAUUUAAAUUAUUCUGAAUAGAGAAAGGGCGAAGGAAGAAGCAGAAAUUUAGAUUCAAACGCAGAUGGUAGUGUUAAUAAGACCUUUUGUUAGAUAUAAUAAUCGCUUAGAUAUAAUCAUGACCAACAGUUUUUGUUUCAGUUUGUGAAGAUAGUUUGUGGACAUCAUGCUGUUUAAAUUUCCAAUGUAUAUGUUAGUAAAUAAGUAUGACAAACUUUAAAUGGUAAUUCUACAUGCAAAAAUAAUGAUAGUUUGCUUCAUAAACAUAUGUUCACAAAUGCUUCAUUUCCGAGAUACGGAGUGUUGCAAUUUUUAUUUCAAACUGCCAGUUUAUUUAUUGUUCUAAGACCGGUUAAGCUAUGAAAAUGAAAUUUGGUGCGUUUUAAGAGGUAGGUAUUGCGCAUUUUUUGACAUACAACUAUGAAUUUUGUAUUCAUCAUUGGCGCGCCUACGGGCAAUGGUCUGGAUUUUUUAAAGAAAAAAAUAGUACGCCACUGAGAUAUGUCAAAUUAAAAAUCAAUUUUGAAUUUCUCGUUAAAUUUACGACAAAAAUCUUUCUCGCAAUUUUUUCAUAUGAGGCGUCUAUACAAAAAAACAAAAAAUCUUAACGUUUACAAAGUAUUUGAAAUAAGUUCUAUGCAUAUGGAAACUACCUCGAAUACUUUGUAAGCGUUAAUAUGUUUUAUUUUUUGUAUAAACACGGUUCCUCAUAUGAAAAAAGACAAGAUAUAUUUUUUGUUACAAAUUAUAGGAGGAAUUCAAAAAUUAUUUUUAAUUUGACAUAUCUCAGUGGCGUACUAUUUUUUUCUUUAAAAAAAUUCAGACCAUUCCCGUAGGCGCGCCAAUGAUUAAUAUAAAAUUCUCUGUCACCUCUAAAAGACGUCAUUUUGAACAUUUGUUCUAGUUUAGUAUUAUUAUAUUAAAUAGUUCUUGUUAAUGUAUUAAGAAGUAAAAAUACGUGCCAAGAUAUUUUAUUUUUUUAUCGUAAAUGAUACAUAGAAUUUAAAAAUAAUUUUUAGUUUGACAUACCACAGUGGCAUACUAUUUUUUUCUUUAAAAAAAUUCAGACCAUUACCCGUAGGCGCGCCAAUGAUAAAUACAAAAUUCUUAAUUGUAUGUCAAAAUAUGCGCAAUAACGACCUCUUAAUACCCACCAAAUUUCAUUUUCAUAGGUCAACCGGUCUUAGAGCAAUAAAUAAAUUGGCAGUUUGAAAUAAAAAUUUCAACACCCCGUAUCUCUGAAACGAAGCAUUUGCGGACAUAUGUUUAUAGAGCAAACUGUCAUUAUUUUUUUAUGUAGAAUUACCCCUUAAAUUUUGUCAUACUUAUCUACUAACAGUCUGUAUAUAUCAUAAAAAAUAUCUAUUAAUUCUUUGUGUGAAUUUAAAAAGUUUCUAUACCUUAUAUUUAAAUAACACUAUCUUGUAAUACAGUUUAUAAUAAUUAGGCAACAGCAAUAGAUGAACAUUCAACUUUUUAUAAAUAAUUAGGCAGCUAUGUAUAAAAACUUUCGUAAAUUUUGACAAACUUCAUUUUGUUUCUGACCUUUGCAAAGUGGGAAGUAGUUAGAGACGGCACCAUUUAAACUAAGCACAUUGUAUUUGUUGCUUUUUGUGCGGUCUCAAUAUUAAUUUGUUUGCACAUCUCAAGUACAAAAUGAAUUUUUGCAAAAAGUACAUAUUUAAAAUAUAUUAGAAAAUAAUAGUGAAUUUAAAAAAUAAUAGUAUUUAAAAAAAACAUCCGUAACUCGAUUUAAUAACUGUAAUAUAUUUCAAUGUAACAUUAAAUCUAAUAGAAGAAGCAACUAUCAUUAAAUACUAUUCAGUACAUGCAUCUGUCAUUUUUAGCCUUAAAAUAUUAAAUGAUCUAUUUUAUUGAUUAUACAUUAUACACUAUGAUCAUAUUGUUGUUAAUUAAUAUAUUUCGACAAGUAAUGAAAACCCAUUGACAUCAUUAAUUGUAAUAAAGAAUUAUAGAUAUUAUUUGUACAGUAAAGAAAAAUAUCUCUUGACAAGUAAUGAUGCCUGGCUUCUCAGUGUACAAUAAACAUGGCCAUUAUAAAAAGUCAUAUUCUAAUGUUUUGGCAAUGCUCUGACGUCAGAAAUUUUCAAUAGCGUCAGUGUGUUUUUGUAGUAAAAAGGGUAUAUAUAUUUGAGGCAUAAUUCCUACAACAAUAAAACUAAAAAUUGUAGAAACCUAUUUUUAUGCACAUAACUGUAUUAUUUGAUUGUCAUUAGUUUUGUUUGUUUUAGUUAUUGCCUGAUAAACAAAACAUGUGCUUAUUAAACACAGUUGUAAUAUUAAAAUGUUUGGUAUGAUAUAUAUUUUACACGCAUACGUAUUUUUUAAGGCCACAACGUUACACAGUUAAAUCUAGAAUACAAUUAUUAGUCUCUACUAUACAGCCGCUCUCUAUAUCGAUUGCUAUCUGAUCCGUUGUACGUCAUUGAUCAUCUAUACAAUUGUAUGCUGCCAUUUCCGUGCAUGAUUUGUAUUGAUGACGUACCACGAAUAGGGAUUUUCAUUCACAGUCAUUUGUUUCGAGCUUCUGUCAUGUGUCACAUAAUAUUAAUAUAUCUACGUCAUAUGUUAUUGCUAAUGAUACAAACCAAAUACGUAUGACGUAGAUAUAUUAUUAUAUCUACAGAAACACGAACAGACAGAAGCUCGAAACAAAUGACAAUCGAUGAAAAGCCCUAUAUGUAAAAAAUAGCAUAUUAGAUAAUAGCCUAAUGAAUUUCUAGUAAAGAACAUAAACCAUGUUAUUUAUUUCGUUGAAAUAGGUUUUGUUUAGUUUGAUGGUUGGAACCUAGUAUAACAUUCAUUUCUAAUAUCAUCACACUUAUUGUUCGUUCGUUAUAACUUUUUCCCAUGCGUCACGAUUCAUUUUCAAACAAAUUAAGUCAAAACAUAAAGUGAAACGAACGUCGAUGUGUAUAUACAUUUUGUAUACUGUAUACUAUAUACUACACACAUCGGCGUACGUUUCACUUUAUGUUUUGACUUAAUUUGUUUGAAAAUUAAUCGUGACGCAUGGGAAGUUAUAGCGGACGAACUAUAGCUAUACAUUUAUAAGAAUUUCAUGAUAAUACAAUUUUUGUGUGUUUCUAAUAUUCUUAUACGUAAAUCUCAUACUUCAAAUUAUUCUCUUGAGCUCAUGUUUUGAUGUUUCCUGUAUAAAUAUUAUGAAGACUUAAUAUACGUAAAUUCUCGAGUUUUGGAACAUUUCUUUAUCACUGCAGUUUUAUUUAUCUAUUUAUUUAUGUUAUAAAAAAUUUCAAGACAUUUUUUAAUUAAAUUAUUUAUAUUC